AUGUCGACCUCCACCUUCUCGAAGAGUUUGGCUCCACCUCGCUCAACGAAUUGUCUAUUAUCGGCAAGGCAAUUACGGAGAGCUACUACGGCAAGCCACCAGCAUAUUCCUAUUGGAGCGGAUGCUCACAAGGCGGGCGACAAGGAUUUAAGAUUGCCGAGAAAUACCCUACCAGCAUUUGAUGGAAUAGUUGCCUCGGCUCCAGCAGUUGAUCUCGCUGGGUUGGGAGUGGGUGAUCAUUGGCCCCAGGUUGUCAUGAAGGCCAUGGGCCAGUACCCGAAGAAUUGCGAGCUUGCUGCGAUCACGGAAGCCUUUAUCAAGCACUGCGAUGGCGAUGACGGAUUACUUGACGGAAUCGUCACUGAUCCGGAUUCCUGCGACUUUGAUCCACAUUCUGUGGUGAACAAAUCUAUUGAUUGUCAGGAUACCGACUCUGGAACUGUGAAGAUAUCAGAAGCUGCUAUCAACGUUGCGAUCGCGACGUGGACUGGCGCUCAAAAAUCGGAUGGCUCAUUCCUUUGGUGGGGAGUCAAAAAGGGGUCCAGUCUAGUAGACGGGGAUACCAAAUUGGGAGUCAGUCCAGGACUUGCGACAACUACAUGCUCAGGGAAUGGUACCUGUACAGGGCACACGAUGGAGAUUGUCGACGCAUGGAUACGACUUCUGAUUAAGAAAGACCCUACUUUCGACGUCACGACAGUCACAAUCGAAGAAUUUCAGGAUUUAUUUCAACAAUCGCUAGAUGAGUACGGAUCGAUCAUUAACGUGAAGCCUAACCUGGACGCCUUCCGAGACAGGUGGGAAGCUACUAUCAUACCACGGUCUAGCCGAUGCUAUCCUCCCCACGGACUCUUCGUCAAGCUUCUAUAA